UGACGUCAAAAUUGUUCGCAGCCAUUUUGAUUAAUAGUGUUGUUUUGUGUGUAGCGGAGCAAUUUUGGACGAAAUGUUUUAGUAUUAAUAACAUUAGAACAAAUAAAUUAGCACAAAUACGCUAUUAGUAUUUAUUUCAAAUUAUAUUUUGUGUUUGUUAGCUGAAUAAAAUGGAUGAGAAAGCGGCGUGUAAAGAAUUAGAUCAGUGGAUUGAACAACUAAACGAAUGUAAGCAACUAACAGAGAGCCAAGUAAAAACUUUAUGUGAUAAGGCGAAAGAAAUUCUAGCGAAGGAAUCAAAUGUACAAGAAGUCAAAUGUCCGGUGACGGUAUGCGGCGACGUCCACGGCCAGUUUCACGAUCUCAUGGAGCUGUUUCGGAUAGGCGGCCGAAGUCCCGACACCAAUUAUUUAUUUAUGGGCGACUACGUCGAUCGCGGCUACUACUCCGUUGAAACUGUUACGUUACUAGUGGCGCUUAAAGUUAGGUACAAGGAAAGGAUUACGAUAUUACGAGGCAAUCACGAGUCCAGACAGAUUACGCAAGUUUACGGGUUUUACGACGAGUGCCUGCGGAAGUACGGCAACGCGAACGUGUGGAAGUUUUUUACCGACUUAUUCGAUUAUUUGCCGCUUACCGCCCUCGUCGACGGACAAAUUUUCUGUUUGCACGGCGGGCUGAGUCCGAGCAUCGACACUUUAGAUCACAUACGAGCUUUAGACCGUUUGCAAGAGGUACCUCAUGAAGGUCCGAUGUGCGAUCUACUCUGGUCCGAUCCCGAUGAUCGCGGAGGAUGGGGUAUUUCGCCCCGCGGCGCCGGAUACACGUUCGGGCAGGAUAUAUCGGAAACGUUUAAUCAUUCGAACGGUCUGACGUUAGUGUCGAGAGCGCAUCAGCUGGUGAUGGAAGGUUAUAAUUGGUGUCACGAUCGCAACGUCGUGACUAUAUUCAGUGCUCCCAAUUACUGUUAUCGAUGUGGUAAUCAAGCUGCUAUAAUGGAACUAGAUGAUGCCCUUAAGUAUUCAUUUUUACAAUUUGAUCCAGCGCCUCGUCGUGGAGAACCGCACGUAACACGCAGAACGCCCGAUUAUUUUCUGUAAGGUUUAUAUUGCAAUAUCAUCAAUGCUUAGGUAUUACUACUACUACUAUUGUACUGUUUGUGUUGAGACAUCUCUUGUAGUGUGAAAAAUAAAACAAUUUAAUGUGUCUGUUGCUCUAAUAUUUCGUUUAAAACAAAGCUCUGGUUUUAAAUUAAAUCUUAGAGGUGUUUUUUACAUGGUGCAGUCGAGACUAUAAGAGAUCUAACGGUUUCCCAGUGCGAUCAAAUUAUAUACAUAAAAAGGAAGUAGAUAUAAAUGUACACUAGCUCUAAUUUGAUGUUCAAAAUAAGUUUUGUUGUAUCUCCUGGACGAUUAAGUACGCCGUCACGUUUCCGGGGCGAGGGGGGAUGGGUUUAUUGUUGAUCAAAUGUACGCGAGGUGUUGGCACGCAUUAGAAUAACUAUGUUAAUUAAAUUUGUUCGUCUUAUUACAUGCGUUCGAAUACUUUGUAAAACCACUGUAAAUUAUUGUGGGGGGGAUGAACAACAAAAUUUAUAGAUUAAGUACGUAACUAUAUUAUAUAAUCUGUGUAUCUCUAGUAUUAAUUGUCGAACAUUGGCAUUUUUUUGUGUUUUGUGUUGGAAGGUGCCAAUGUUCGGAGUCGCCAUUGCUAUCUUUCUACGCUACGUGUGUAAUAUACCGCUGCUCCUCAGUCUACUGUUUGUCUGCGUGUAAACUACGUCCUUAUUCCAAAUUAUUUUCAUUUUUUAAGACUGCUCUUUUAUUUCUGUCAUAAUAAAAAUCUAACUAAA